UUUGACUCGGAAGCUGCAGUGCUCGAGCGCAGCGCGUGAGGAAGGGAAAAAUGACCGACAGCGACAUCGAAUUCACGUCGUAGACAGCGGAGAAAAGGCGUUUUUCGGCUUAUCAGUGACAGCUCCCCGAUUUACUACAGCCUUUACUCGGUUCUGUUUAAGGUUUUCAUUGUGUUUCGUCGAAGCGUUCACAGACUCGCGUCUAGCUCUCCCAUUAGGUGUGAGAAGCCAUGGAGAACGGCAAAACACCCGAGCAUAAUGGGGCGCCUUCACACUACACCAACGGUCUGCUGAACGGGUUUCACCCGGCGCAGGCUGAAAAGAGCGGCGGAGGUGGCGUUAGUGUCGGUAUCGCUGGAGGAGGAGAGGAUAUUGACUCGAACUGUAGCGGUGGCCAUAAUGGGAUCGAAAAUUUCCACCAUCUUCUUCAGCAUCAGGACGUCGCGCAUAACAACGGCUCUCCUGCUAAACGCUGCAGGCUGCGGAGACGCGUGGAUUCGGGGAGGAAACACCGACCGCCCUUUCCAUGGUUUGGCAUGGAUAUCGGAGGCACUCUGGUGAAGCUGGUCUACUUUGAGCCUAAAGACAUCACAGCCGAAGAGGAGCAGGAAGAAGUGGAGAGCCUGAAGAGCAUCCGCCGCUACCUAACCUCUAACGUGGCCUACGGCAAUGCGGGCAUCCGUGAUGUACACCUGGAGCUGAAGAACCUGAUCAUGUGUGGCCGCAAGGGCAACCUUCACUUCAUCCGCUUUCCCACACACGACAUGCACAGCUUUAUCCAGAUGGGUCGUGAUAAGAACUUCUCUAGCCUGCACACCACUCUGUGUGCUACUGGAGGCGGAGCCUACAAGUUUGAGGAGGAUUUCAGGACGGUGGCAAAUCUGGAGCUGCAGAAGCUGGAUGAGCUGGACUGUCUGAUCCAGGGCCUGCUCUACGUUGACUCGGUUGGUUUCAACGGCCACCCAGAGUGCUACUUUUUCCAAAACCCAUCUGAUCCCGAAAACUGUGUCAAGAUGCCAUGUUGCCUUGACAAUCCCUUUCCCAUGUUGCUGGUAAACAUUGGCUCAGGGGUCAGCAUCCUUGCAGUUUACUCAAAAGACAAUUACAAGCGCGUCACAGGCACCAGCUUGGGAGGGGGUACGUUCCUCGGCUUGUGCUGCCUGCUAACUGGCUGUGAGACGUUCGAGGAGGCGUUAGAAAUGGCAGCGAAAGGGGAUAGUACCAACGUCGAUAAGCUGGUAAAGGACAUUUACGGUGGUGAUUACGAGCGCUUUGGUCUUCAAGGGUCUGCUGUAGCCUCCAGUUUUGGUCACAUGAUGAGCAAGGAGAGACGUGACAGCAUCAGCAAAGAAGACUUGGCCAGAGCUACUCUUGUCACCAUAACAAACAACAUUGGGUCCAUUGCCCGCAUGUGUGCUGUGAAUGAGAAAAUUGAAAGAGUUGUAUUUGUUGGGAAUUUCCUGCGAAUCAACAUGGUUUCCACGAAGCUGCUAGCUUACGCCAUGGACUUUUGGUCAAAAGGACAGUUGAAAGCCCUGUUUUUGGAACAUGAAGGUUAUUUUGGGGCUGUUGGUGCCUUCCUCGAGCUACUGAAAAUGACAGAUGACCUUUGAGGCAUUGAAGAACUCCUGAACUUUUAAACCAGAAGCUGCUGUAAGAUGUCCAAGAAAGCCUCCUCUCUAACCAGGACAAGCCAAGUCAGCUGUCUGAGAUCAUGUUUGAAAGCUUAAUCUAGAUACCGAUUUCAGGUUUGGAGGGUACUGUGGGUUUGCCACUAAUAAGAACGGUACAAUCUGCUGUAAGAUAAAGUGAACAUGGUUAUGUCAGUAGACAAUGCCCCAUAAGCCAAAAUCUGAUGAUUUUUAGACUGAUGCUGAGCAUUUCUACAGAAUCCUUGUUGUGUUAUAUGUUUUAACUAUUUGGCAUAGAACAGGACUUGUACAAUAGAUUUAAAUUAAUCUAAAAGAAAUCUCAAAGUCAUGGUUCCAUUGUAUUAUAGUCUUCUUUAUCUUACCAAAAUUUUUUAGUGAGAUUUUGCUGACAUUUCUGGUUUUUAAGGUCCAAUGAAUUAGAUUUUACGAUUAACCCUUAAUGGUAGUUUAUAUAAUACAUGGCCAUCAAUUCAUUUUCAUAGGCAUUCACUCAUGGCCAUAGUAACAAAAAGUCAUACAUGAUCUGGGUAGGUGACUUGCUUUUCCCUUCAUAUUGGCCACACUGGAGUUGCAUCCAGUUUGAUGUUACAGAAAGCAAAAGAACAUUUGACCCAACAUGAUUACCAGUUAGUAAUAUGCAAUGUACAGCAAAAUCAUUCCAUGAUUAAGAUGUAAGCAUUACUAUGCACACCUCAGUAAACUAAACACUGUGGUCCAGCAUUAGUGUAAACAGGAGACUUAGGCCUGAACAGCAGGGCACGAGAUUUAAACUUAGUACUUAUUGACUUUCUUAUUUAUGUUAAAAGUAUUGUACAGUUUUAAAUCAGUUUAAAAGAUCCAUAGGACAAGUUAGCAGUGUUCACUUACUCACUCAUCUUCUAUACCGCUUUAUCCUGUAUUCAGGACCGCGGGACUUAGCAGUGUUAUCCAAAUCAAAUCAAUUAUAUCGGCUUGUGGCAUUUGUAAGAUUCCUUCACCUGAAUAUUUAGAAGCUAUAAAUUUUGGGACCAAGAUUUUUCAUGUUUAUCAAUCAUCAGCUUUUUGAUUUGUUAGAUUACCUGAGUGCUGAUUUGUUCACCAGUAACAAUAUGCUCUACUUUUAUUUAAUACUCUGAAUGAUGAAUUGUUCACUGAAUGACUACUCCAUUCACAAUGACCAUAAUUCUAUUUAGCCUUGAAGUGUAACUACACUGUAAUAGAUGUUGUUUUUGUGGGCUUUUAAAUUAGUUUUUAUUUAAACAAAUUUUUUUUGCAGAUUGUAUCAUUUUACUGUUAGUCAUGUUUGUGCCAUUAUCUGAUGGUAUCAUAUUUUCACUUGAAACUUCUAAUUGAGCCUCUAAACAUACCCCCUACACUUUUCCAACAAAUGCCUUUAUUGACCUCUCUGUACAUUUAUCAUCGACACUCUGUGUGUUUCUUUUAAAGAAUCCCAGCAUAGUGUACCUUUAAAAUAAACAUGCACCUUUAAAGAACCUGCUCCAAAGCUCCAUCCAGCAGUAAGAGUAGUUCUCUGUUAGUCUGAAUGCCGACAGAAUCCUAUGUUCCUAUGAGAAUGUGCCAGUAUGAAGAAAGGGGUUCUUUAUCAUUUGGCAGAGAACUCGAAGUUAAGGUUGUUGGGUUGAAAGAGGGCUUGGCAGCUGUUGGGUUGAAACAAGGCUGAAAAUGUAGACCAUCUUGAAAAUCCAGUCUCUGUAAUGAAUUUACAAACACUCUGCUUCUAUGUAAAUGGUUUGCCCUUACUAACCCCUAGAUUGUGUAUGUGUAUCUACCUUUGCAAAUAAUGUGACAAAGGUAUGCAGGAUAUCAGCAUUGCAGUUCUGUUGACAAACACUGCAGUAUUUAAGGCAAAUAUAGAGUGUUAAGCUAAUCAUAGUAAAUGAAGUCAAACACUACUAAUAUUUUUGUGUCACCUCAAAUGUCUAGUGUUCAAUCACCAGCUGUCACCAGCCACAUAUACAGUACAUGUUAUAUCUCCAUUUAAAUUGAUUAAUACUCAGAAAUUCAUUUAUAGGUGGAGACACAUAGACUAUUAAGCUUCUGCAGACAUUGCAAUGCCAAUGGGAAUCAAGCAUUCCCUUUUAUUGAAUAGAAUCUCCAACCUAUAUAUAUGAUGCUGGAGUUCAUCCAUGUUCUUUUAUACAUUUUUCUACUUCAUUCUCCCAUUACCUCUUAGUCCUCAAAAUUGCCUUAUGCUGUUGGUCGCCAUUUUGACUUCUGAGUAUCUGUGUAUGCACGAUGGGAGUCCAACACAACACUGUGUUGAUUCUUUCAAGUGUUACAGGGUGCCUUUUUACUAAUGGAGACCAGACUUUUAUCUGUGCAUUGUCCAUCAUCUAGAUGUCAUUGUAAAAUGUUGGUCUGUUCAUCAUGUUGUUGUUGUUUUUUUUGUUGUUGUUUUUUUAAUUCAGGAAAUUGAAUCCAUAUGUUAGUACACACUGUUUUAAGCUUUGAGUCACUGCAAACUGAAACUACACAAGGCAGAACCAUAUGAAUAUAAAGCAGUGUGAGAAGUUGAGGCACUACAGUCCUUCCCAUUAAUGUUGAAUAUUUGCUUGAUUUGUUUGCUCAAUGCAUGUAUAAUAGAUCUUAGCAUAUCCUCAAGCAUGUUCUUUUACUUUUGUUUGUCUUUUACCUUCACACUAGCCGGUAUAGUCAUACCCAAUGCAUCAUCAUCUCAAACCUUUAAAGCAUUGAUAUGAUAUGGUAAUAAAAUCCGUUUAGAAUCUGGUCUUUCCUUUUAUAACAGACGGUCAUCUCGUUCCGUUUAGCAGUAAUGAGUUCAACAUGCAUUGAUGGCGUACCAGAAUGUGUUUGGUCUCAGCUGUGUGGCACAUACUUUAUCUGUUAAAAGGCAGUAUAUUACCAUGUGUAUAACACUCCUCUUCAGUGUUGUCACUCUGACCUGGGUGUGUGUGUGUGUGUGUGUGUGUGUGUGUGUGUGUGUGUGUGUUUAUAUGUUUAUGACGGGGCCAGGACUCAUUUAUGCCCAAUGUGGAAUGACCAGUUCAUUCCAAACUGCUCUGAAAAUUUAUUAGCUUUUUCUCACAAAGCUCCUAUGAUUUUUUUCCCCCUUUUAAUUCUCUGUUGUCAACAAACCUUGUGAAUAAUUGUAAAACUCUGUUGUCAACAAACCUUGUGAAUAAUUAUUAAAUGUGGUAAAUGGGUAAGAAGUUCAUGGACUCUUUUAAUGCCUCUGUGUGCACGUGUACAUGUGUGUGCGAAGCGAAAUAGUUACACAGUAUAAAAAUGAAUAAAGUGUUUACUCCUUA